CCAGUAGUGCGUUCAGUUACAGCGAACUUUCGCUAUAGUUCGCGAACGUUCGCGAACGUUCGCUAUUGAACGCUCGGUUCGCCGCGAACCGAAGCGAACCGAAGCGAACCCUCUCGGGAGGUAGUACGCUAGCGAAACCAAGAUGGCGGACAAGUAAGUUGUUGUACAGCGUUACUUCGAUAUUUUUUCAUUUUUUGUUGUACAUUAAAUGAAUUGAAUUAUAAACAUAGUGUAUUUUGUUGUUUAAGUACUUGGGUACCAAGUAUGUACAUACAGAUUUGAUAAAACAUGAGCAUUUUUGUUAAUAUUUGUCGAAAAUCUUGUGCCGUUUGCAUAGACGUAAAAAUGGCGGGCGGCAAAGUUCAACUUUAAGUUAGAAGAAAUAUCUAAAAAAAUGAUUUUCCGAAAAAAAAAAGCCUGGAUGAAAAUUUAAAUGCUUUGUUUUUAAAAAUACUCAAAUACGCUAGAUAGGGGAGGGGAUAAAAUGUUCAUUUAUGGUCUCAGAAAUUGAUAUCAUAUUCAUAAAGUAUCUCAAAAUUAAUCGCUUUAAAAAUGUCUUGCUUUGCAAAAGUAUAUUAAGAUUUACAUUUGUUUAAUCUAGCUCUGAUUCAACUGUGUUUUCAUCUGGAUGGAAAUGCCUCAACUUGACGUUUGAAGAUGGCUCUACAUCAACAGCUUCAGUCGAAGCCAUUGUCUAUAGGUCCAUUAUCACUGAUAAAGACCCGCAGGCUAUCCAGAGGCUACAGGAAGUCUGGACAGAAAUACAUGGUAACCAGACAAUAGUGCAGAUAGCAGCUGAGGAGAAUGAAAAUCAACAGUGUAACAUUGCUGAUACUGAGUCACAGGCAGAGACAAGUGACACAGAAAUGCCUGUGGUGGAUGAGUCAAAGGAUGGAAUCAACUGGAAGCACGAAGGAGUCCUGUUAUUGAUUUCCCUUUAUGAGGCACAUAAAGAGAAAUUCGCCUCGUCUGCAAUUAGUAAGAAGGCAGUGUGGAAUAUGAUUGCCACGAAAAUGAAGGACCAAGGCUACAGUGUCACGGGGCAUCAGUGUAGCGAGAAAUUUAAGAGCCUGAAAAAUAGGUACAAGGAUAACAGAAAGAAGAUGGCCAAGAGUGGUCGUGGACGAGUAACAUGGCGUUACUAUGACAUAAUGGAGGAGCUUCUUGCUGGAGAUCCAGCGGUGGAACCACUGAAAGUGGUAGCAUCUGCAAACUGUGCCAAAGACCCUGCAGCGAAGCCACCUCUGCCACCAAAUGCGAAGCGGCCGCAGAUAUCAAGUCCUUCUGCUAAUGCAGUUGCCAUACGGGCUGCAAGCCCAACUGUGGCUGUUAGGUCAACAAGCCCAACUGUAUCUGUUAGGUCGCCAAGCCCAUCCUCUUCAAAUGCAGGUUCACCAGCCCCUGACGAGACAGUUCCUGACACGGUCAGUCACACCCCUGUCGUUAAGCGCCGGCGGAAGAGUGGGGAUGUCCCUGAAUGGUUCAGGACUUUUGCCAAUGAUACUGCAAGACGCAUGGAUGCACUAGAGGCUUCAAGUGAGCGGAUGAUAAAAAUUGCGGAGGAGCGCAAUGACAUUUUGCGAACCCUAGUGGACGUCCUAACAAAAAAUUAAUGUACUUGAUUUUCAUAUGAUCCAGCUGAGAAUGUUAUCAAUUGUUGUUAUGUAUUGAAAUACCCAGAUGUGCCUUGUCUUCUUCUUAACAAUUGGUAGUCAUUUCUCCAUAUCACAAGCUUUCAUUCAACUCUUUUGACUAGUCAUCAUGCUAUUACACUAAUGUGCUAUCAAUGAAUACUGUGUACAUAACUUUUGUAUGUUACAAGUGAAAUGUUUUAACUAUUUUUGCUCUGUUUUGAAAUAGCCUUCAAUUUACUUGGACUCUUUUUGCAAGUCUUUUUAAUGAAACAUACCCAAAUAUUAAUGGUACAAGUAUAAGUAUAUGAUGUACCUCAAUUUUGUAAUAGUCCUAUAUUGUAAUAAUGAGCCUUCAGCCCUUUUUAACUAGUCAUGCAUUGAAUUGCUCUUAUAAUGAAGCUCUGUGUCAACUCUUACGUAGUCUAAUUAAGUAACCAUAGUGCAGCUAUAUUUCAACAUUGAACUGUGUUUACUAGUCAUAUAUUGAAUUAUAUAUGUGCCAUUGUGUAGCUAAACGUGUUAUGCUGUUGGUUUGAAAUAUACUAAAAUUACUUUACAAUGUGUUACUUUCUUUACAUUUUUGAUGCUUUAUAUAGUUUUUAGGGUGCAAGGAACAUAUAUGAUUUCUGUUUAUUUUAAUUAGAGAAUUAUACUGAGUAUCAAAUUUAUUAUACCCCCACUUAACGAAGUGUAGGGGAGGUAUAUAGGAACCCCCACUAAACAAAGUUUAGGGGGUAUAUAGGAGUGAGCUUGUCGGUCGGUCCGCUCUCCCACAAGUCUGUUCUCUAAUUCAAGUAGUUUUCAUCAGAGCUUCACCAAACUUGGUCAGAAGUUGUUUUUAAAUAAUGUCUAGGCCAAGUUCGAACAUGGGUCAUGGAAGGUAAAAAACUAGGUCAUGGGGUCAGGUUUUAUCAGAAAAUUAGUGAACACAAGAAAGU